ACUCAACCUUGGCACCUGCUUCACGCUUAUAUACUCUCAUUACUCUGUGCUUGCUUUCCACUAUUUUGCUGAAUCACUGAAGAUGUCUACCGAAGCCGCUCCUGAGGCUCUCAAAGUUGAGGCUCCUGUUGCAGAAGCGCCGGCCCCUGAAGCCGUACCGGAGAUCAAGUCAGAAGAGGAUGGGCCUGCCGCCGCACCAGAAGUCGAGCCUGAAGCGAAGACCGAUGCCGCACCAGAUGUUAAGCUGGAAGACACCGCUGUUCCCUCAACUUUCGUCAAGAAAGUAGAGGAUAUGACAGAGGAAGAGGUGAAGGCGAAGAUCCUUCAGCAAGUCGAAUUCUACUUCUCUGAAGCCAACCUACCAUUCGACAAGUUCCUGUUCACCCUCUCGUACAAGGACAACCCGGAACAUUGGGUGCCUGUUGGGACAAUCGCUUCCUUCAAGCGGAUGCGAGAGUACACCGCCGCGAAAGGAACAGCAUACGUUGCGGAUGCGCUCAAGCCCAGCACUCUGCUUGAGCUUUCCGAGAGCGGGGAGAAGGUACGCCGCAAGGUUGCACUGGAGAACUUGGAAAGCCGGCAAUCGCAUGACGCCUUCGCGAGGAGCAUAUAUGCGAAAGGGUUUGGAGAGGAGGCAAAAGGACUGCAGGAGGAGUUGGAAGCGUUCUUCUCCCAGUUUGGCAAGUUCAAUGUUGUGAGAAUGAGGAGGGACAAGGAGACAAAAGUGUUUAAGGGAUCUGUCUUCGUGGAGUGGGUAGACAUGAUCACAGCAAGUAAAUUCCUAAUGCAAGAGCCAAAACCCCGGUGGAAAGGGACCGAGCUUACGACCAUGUCUAAGAAAGCCUACUGCGACAUGAAGAUCGCCGAGAAGGGAAUCGAUGUCACCAAAGAUCCUCUGAAGCGGGGUGGUCGCGGUGCAAGUGUGGCGGAGGGCGCCGAGGGAGAGCAGAAGCGUCGUGCUGAUUUCAGCGGGUGGAAGCUCAUCUACCAGCAGAAGAAGGAACAGAAGGCAAAAGUCCAAGCUGAGAAGCCAGACAUUUACAUUGAGAUGGACGGAGAGAAGAUCAAGCUGAACAAAGAUGGAACCGUAGACCCCGCGGAGAUAGAGGGGAAGUAUAAGAAGGGUGCACUGGUUGCCUUUGAGGGCGUUGAAGGAAAUGUGCCUUUUGUUGAGAUUAAGGAUGCUCUGAAGGACACAUGGUCUCGGACUUACGUCGAUUACCAAAGAGGCUCAAAGAUGGGACUCGUCUACCUUGGGUCUGACAGUGGAACCUCUACAGAGCAGCCAACCCAACCGAUCACGGAAGAGCAGAUGAACAUCGUUCGGGAGAAGAUGAAGACGAUCGGUGGUAAACCGGUCACCUGGCGUCACGCCACAGAUGAGGAGGAAAAGAAAUACUAUGUCAAUCGGGCCACCGUCAUGGCUGAGAAAGCGUACAGGCCGUCACACAACCAGCACGGCCGCGGAGGCGGGGGUGGUCGAGGAGGCCGGGGUGGUCGGGGGCGGCAAAAUGGAAGGGGAGGUGGGCAUCAAGAUCGUGGAAAAGGCGCGGGGUCGCCAGUCAAGAAAGAGGCAUCUGGCCGUCCGGACGCGGUCCCCGUGAUCAAGUCGGCUUUGCCUGUGCCUGCGGCACGUUUAACUGAGCCAGCCUCGGCCGUGAAGAUGGAUGUAGAUGCCGCUGAAAAUGGCUUGAAGCGGAAGCGAGAAAAGGACGCAGGGGCGGACGGCAGCGAAGCAAAGAAAGUGAAGGUGGAAGAGGCAGCUGCUGUAUAGGACCAACAGCGGCAUGGUCCGCUACCUGCUGGCCACGUUUCCCAUUCCGAAGGAGGUUCAUGACUCGUGAUGACUGUAAUUCCUGUCUUGUUCUUGUCUUGGUGCUGGCUUGUCUGUCCAGAGAGGUUUGUACGUGUCUUUUCUUGUUGGGCUGGUGGUACCAGAACGCAGUAGCAAAAAUGCAGACAAU